AUGCUAUUUCGAUUUGCUUUCGUGUUUUGUUUUCUGAAAUUCCUUGUUCAAGGAUGCCAUGUAACGCAAGUAAAACCUUUAUUGCCAGUGGAAACUAAUUCUGCGGGGGGUGUCUCAUCAAGAGCUCCUAUUAGUUUCCCCGAAGUGCGAUCGGCCCCAGGAUACCAGACGAAAUCUUCAGCUGCUCGUUCAGUUGCUCCUCGUAUUGUGUCUUCUUAUGGUCGUCGUCAAAUUGGAUCCAACUCUCGUCCUGCUGUUAUCGGUAGCGCUGGACGUGCUAUCGGCGGAGGAGCUAAACAUGCCCAGAAUCGCAAUAGGAUUCAUUAACCAUACUAAUUCCAAAAGCUGAUUU